AUGUGCACUACCAAGAUCUCUAACCAACCAGCUCUCUCUGAGGGGAAUAAUGAAGGAGAGGAGACUGUUAAGGGUAAUGGUUGCGUGAUUAAUGAGAUUGGCAUGGAGCUACUACUUCUGGGCCGCAUUGUUUGGCCCAUAAUAAUCUCAAGCUUCCUGCUAUACUCCCGGUCCUUGAUCUCCAUGUUCUUCUUGGGCCAUUUGGGCCACGUCCAACUGGCCGGUGGGUCCCUCGCCAUCGCCUUCGCCAACAUCACCGGCUACUCCGUGCUUAGAGGCCUAUCCAUGGGCAUGGAGCCCAUUUGUGGCCAAGCCUUCGGAGCAAAGAAAUUGAGCAUCCUUAGCCUCACCUUUCAAAAAACACUCUUGCUCCUGUUGUUAGUGACAAUACCCAUUUCGCUUUUGUGGAUCAAAAUGAGGCCCAUACUUACCCAUUUGGGCCAAGAAGCAGAAAUCUUAACAGUGGCUCAAGAGUACGUAGUCUUCUCCUUACCUGAUCUAAUGGGCCAAGCCUGCUUACAUCCAGUGAGGAUAUUUUUAAGAACUCAAGGCCUCACAAAACCUCUCACUCUAUCGGCCACAAUUGCAAUUUUGCUUCACAUACCCAUUAACUACGUGCUGGUAACUUACAUGGGCCUUGGGGUGAAAGGAGUAGCUCUAGCUUCAUCUUGGAACACCAUCAGCAUUGAUUUGGGCCUGUUGGUUUAUCUUAUUUUCUCUAAUAUAGCUUUAAAGCCAUGGGCCGGAGCCUCAUUAGCUUGUCUAUAUGGGUGGGGCCCACUCAUCGCUUUCGCGGUCCCCAGUGCUAUUUCAGUUUGUCUCGAAUGGUGGUGGUAUGAGGUAAUUUUACUCUUAUGUGGGCUUUUAGCAGAUCCAGAGUCAACCGUUGCGGCUACAGGCAUUUUGAUUCAGACUACAGGCCUACUGUAUGUGAUUCCAUAUUCACUAAGUAUGGGCUUAUCUACCCGUGUCGGUCAUGAGCUUGGAGCCAAUCGACCGGCCCAGGCCCGGAGAGCAACCAUUGUCGGCCUUGCAGUUGCUAUUGCCUGUGGGCUCAUGGCCUAUGCCUUCACUCUUUCUGUUAAAAAUAUUUGGGGGAAAAUGUUCACAAGCGAUCCAAAAACUUUGGCACUGACAUCCGCAGUUUUGCCACUCAUCGGAUUUUGCGAGCUUGGAAAUUGCACACAAACAGCAGGCUGUGGGGUUUUGAGAGGGAGUGCUAGGCCGACUGUGGGAGCGAAUAUUAACUUUGGUGCAUUUUAUAUUAUUGGGCUACCGGUUGCAGUGCUGGCAGGCUUUCAGAUGGGGUUCGGCUUUUUUGGGCUUUGGCUUGGGCUUGUUGCAGCCCAGGUCACUUGUGCUGGUCUCAUGUUGUGUAUAGUUUGCCACACUAACUGGGUGGUUCAGGCAGAGAGGGCUGAGGAGCUCACGGGAACGGCUGUAGAGGAGAGUGAUGAUCUGGAGGAAAGACUUCUUGGAUGA